UUAAUCGCCCCACCAUGGCUGGCCAGUUCCCGGGAGGAUACCAGAGCCCCAGCGGGCACCGGGGCAACUACAAUAGUCCCAUCAUCCAACAGCACCUAAAUCAAAUGAACGUGCCAAACCAAAUGGGCAUGAUGGGAUUCAAUCAAAACAACAUGAUGAACAGCCCACAGAUGCAGGGUGUACCGGGGCAGGGCAACCAGGACAUGGGGCUCAAUCCGGGCAUGAUGCAGCAAAACCAACAGCAGCAGCAACCCGGCCAAGGAAUGCAACCUAACCCUCAGCAGGUUGCGACAAACCAGCAUCAGCCCGGUGCGAAUCAAAUGGUCGGACAGAAUCCAACGCACCAAGCCGCCCAACCAUCCCCCCAGAUGGGCAUGCAGCAACAACAACAACAGCAGCAGCAACAGCAACAACAACAGCAGCAGCAGCAACAACAAAGCAGCAAUGUCGGACCCGGCAACCCGAUGAACAACCCCCAGUCACAGAACCAAUCCGUCCCGCCGAAUCAGCCCGGCGCAGGGACGGCGGUACAGCAGCAGCAGAAGGCCGAAUUUAACCUGCUCUCGCUGUGCCGCAUCGGGCAGGAAACGGUACAGGACAUUGUGAGCCGCUUCCAGGAGGUGUUCGGCAUACUGCGCUCCAUCCAGCCCCCGAACGGGACGAACCAGGGCCAGCUGUCCAGCAACGACAAGAAGGCGAAGGUGCAGGAACAGUUCCGCACGAUCCGGCUGCUGUUCAAGCGGCUGCGGCUGCUGUACGACAAGUGCAACGACAACUGCCAGCAGGGCAUGGAGUACACGCACGUGGAGAGCUUGAUACCGCUGAAGGGCGAGCUGGAGCGGACCGAGCCGGUGCACACGGAGGAGUACAAGAAGGCGCUGCAGGAAAACCGCGAGCUGGUCGCGAUGGUGCAGCUGAAGAACAAGCAGCUGCGCGAAAUUAUCGACAAGAUACGGCUGACCAUAUGGGAGAUUAACACGAUGCUCAGUAUGAGACGGUGCUAGUCGGAUGGAUCGGUGUGCAGGAGGGCGACACUCUGUGUAGGGUAUUAUUGAUAGUGUAAUAAUAAUUUUCCACUUAAAUUAACGCUCCGAAAACAAACGCUCGUGUUUGAAUGCGUUUACUCAAAAUGUAGGGCCGACGACUGCAGCAGCCCGCGGGCAGAAAUGAUAUUUAUAAAUGGAUAUUUUUAGAAAGCA